CUCAUUAUUCAUUAGCGCGUGACAUUUGUUCCCCCCUCUCCUCCUCCCAAACCCCACCACCAACACCACCUUCCUUUCUCUCCUUUGUUUUAAAUCUGGAUUCUCCUUUGAUAGCUACCCUACCCUUCUUUUCCCUUCAUUUGAUUGUCAUUAUAACCAUCUCACCUUUCUUCCUCGAACCUUCUCCAAUAAAGUAACACGACUCCUUCUUCUUACCUCUCCCGUCAAUUUGGUCUUGUAACACUCUUUACCAAUCUUGAACAAAUCAAACAUUUGAAUUACCACUUACGACGACGACGACGACGACGACACCCCCCCACCGUGUUGUUUGUUGUUGUUUGUUAUGGCGUUCGCCGAUUAAUCGAACCCCAAUACAUGUGUACAUAUAUUAUAUAAAUAUAUUUAUUUAGUAUUUACCGAUUCAAUCAUCAUUCAUUAGUGUCCCCUCUUAUUCCUUUUUCCAUUGCCUUUACCCAAAUGAAUCCUCCACCACUCCCAACAACCACGUCGGAGCGUGCUAACCGCUCUCGUCGCCGUCCUGACUUAACCCUACCUCUUCCCAAAAGAAACCCAGCUCUCGCCGUCCCCCUCCCUCUGCCCCCUUCCUCCGCCCCUUCAUCCACCUCCACCUCUUCCAACUCAUCCUCAUCUAACUCUAACUCUGCUACGCUCAGUUUCUCCGAGUUGGAACGGAAGAAUCGGGUCGGCUCCGGCGCUGGUGGAACAGUUUACCAAGUCAUCCAUCGUCCUACAUCGCGGAUCUACGCUUUGAAAGUCAUAUAUGGAAACCAUGAGGAGAUGGUUCGCCGUCAGAUCUGCCGUGAGAUCGAGAUUCUCCGCGACGUUGACAACCCUAACGUUGUCAAAUGUUUCGAUAUGUUCGACCAUAACGGUGAGAUCCAGGUACUUCUGGAGUUCAUGGAUCGUGGAUCUUUGGAAGGUAAACACAUCGCAGAUGAAGCUUACCUCGCAGAGUUAUCUAGGCAAGUAUUGUCAGGGUUAGUCUAUCUUCAUAGACGACGAAUCGUUCAUCGAGAUAUAAAACCAUCAAAUCUGCUGAUUAAUACUAACCGACAAGUCAAAAUUGCUGAUUUUGGGGUGAGUCGAAUUCUUGCACAAACCAUGGAUCCAUGUAAUUCGAGUGUGGGGACAAUUGCAUACAUGAGCCCAGAAAGGAUUAAUACGGAUUUGAAUCAAGGGCUGUAUGAUGGAUAUGCAGGGGAUAUUUGGAGUUUUGGGGUUAGUGUAUUGGAGUUUUAUUUAGGGAGGUUUCCGUUCAAUGUUGGGCGACAAGGAGAUUGGGCAAGCUUGAUGUGUGCAAUUUGUAUGAGUGCUCCACCAGAGGCGCCGCCCACAGCUUCAAGGGAGUUUAGGGAUUUUAUAAGGUGUUGCUUACAGAGGGAGCCUGCCAGGAGGUGGACGGCGAUGAGGUUGCUAAAUCAUCCUUUUAUUGUUCAAAAUGCAGCUGUUGCUACUCAGACUAGUCAGAUGAGUAGUCAGAACCACCAGGUUCAUACUUCUCUCCGUCAAAUGUUGCCCCCUCCACUUCCUCAUUCAUCGUGAUUUUUAUCUUUUUUAAGUGAACAACUUUUCUUUCUUUUUUUUUCAAUCCAAUUGCAAAUUUUCUCUUUUUUGUGUUUUUUUUUGUAAUUUAAAUAUGAUGAUGAUGAUGAUGAUGAUGAUGAAAGAGGGGUGGGAAAUGGGCAGAGGAAUUGUAGUAGGUCUUGUGAGGUUAUUAUGAUCAACUGAAAAGAAAGCAAUCAUCAAUUACUGUAGCCUUUUUUUUUUUUGGAUAGUGUUGAUUCUUCAAUGGAAAAAGAAAGAAAUGAACAAGUGUGUUAUUUUCCCCGUUAUUAACAAGAUUUAUUGCUCUUCUUAACUAA